AUGGAAAAUAUGCCGGGGUAUAUUUGGAUGAUAAUUGUGGUUGGAAAAUCCUUCAAUAAACAUGCCAACAAUCUAAAAGAAGUCUUUCAACAAUUGCAGGUAGCGAAUUUGAAUUUAAGUCCGAAGAAAUGUCACAUGUUUCGACGACGAGUGAAGUACUUGAGACAUCUUGUAGCAAGUAAUGGUGUAAUAGCUGAUCCUGAAAAACUUGCAGCCAUUAAGGAUUGGCCAGUAGACGUAUUACAAAACGAAUACAAAACAGAUAAAUACCUCCAACAAUUAAAAGAAAGUCACGAAAUGCUGGAAAGGAAUAUGACAGACAGCUCAAAAAUAGUGGAAAAAUGUAUAUCGCCAUGGUCGAAUAACAACAACAUUCCUGAAUCAGAUAUAGAUCUGGAUAAACUACUCGAGAAAAGAUCUUACUCUAUAAUUAGAAAAGAACAUAAUUUAAAGAAUGAUGAAAACUCUACAGAAGGUUUUCCCAAAACAGCUAAUAAGGAAAAUAUCUCAAACCCCAUAGUGAUUGAAAAUCAAAUAAUGUCAGAAAACAAAUAUAUAAAAAAAAUGCAGCAAGAAAACGGCGAACAUGAAACCAACAUUAAAGAUGAAGUGUGUUCGUGGGCGAAUAAGUCGGAAUAUAAAUCGCCCAAAGAGAACUAUAAGAAAUUAAGUUAUUUAGAUGCAUUGCCUGGUGUUAAAGAUAUACAAAAAACAGUAUCAAACCAAUUACAUACCGAAAUGAUGCUAAGCGAUUCUAACGAGAACAUUAAUAUGACUGAAAGUUUUGAAGAUAUUGUUUCAAUUUUGGAAGUAUUAGAAGAAGCAGAUAAAAAAUCACAACAAAAUAUUGUUGAUGUGCAAAAAAUGGUCGAUAUGAGUUUAGAAAAUAAUGUUAUGUUGGUUGAUGAUGAAGAAAAACCUAUGUCUAAACACCAACAAAGUGAUGCUGCCAAAUUUAGCCGAUUUCAAAACAAUUCGUCAAACUACAAGUAG